GAAUUUUCAGCACAUUCUCCUCCAUCCGUACCUCUGAGGCUCGUCUGGGAUCAGGGAGGUUUUCGAUUUUGAGGCAGAGUUUGCUGGAUCAGCCCCAGAUUGUAGGGGUUUUAUGUGCGUGGGUGACGGUGCAGAGGAAGGCGGAAGGGGCGAGCAGGGGAG